AUGAAACAAACUUUACCAAACGAUUAUGGAGCACCUAUUGAAUAUUUCUUACGAGCUGCACAAUGGCAAAGAGCAGUCUCACCAAGGUUAGGUGUUCCACCAGCUCCUGUCAAAAAUAGCAUUUGGUCAAGUCCUUAUAUAAGAUAUGGUCUCCCACUAGGUUUGCUAGCUACAGCAGGAGCAGUUAUGAUGUUGAAAAGAAAUAAAGCAAAUGUUGUAAAUAAUACUGAAGUAGCUGAAGUUAAACAAACUCCAACACCUUCACAAGCAAAACCUUCAAUGACUCCUGAACCUAUGGAAGUACAAACUCCUGUUCAAAAGUCAACUCCUAAACCGACUCCAACAUUUAAACCAGAACCUACUCCUCAAAUAAAUCGUAAAACUCCUGCGUUUCCUUACUGA